AUGGUGAUAGCAUUAGCGAUUUUCGGUAUUGUGUCGCUUUUCUUGCUAUAUUUGUCUUAUCUGCGCAGACAUUCUCAACGUUCAUUAAAAGUCGAUGAAUCGUCAAGGGCCAAUGCGAUCAAAUUAUGCAUAAUUAUUGGCUCAGCUACAAUAUUAGAAUUUGAAAAGGGAAAAUCAUAUGGCUCAUUUAGUAUUGAAAAAAUCGGUCGAAGUCGAGAAGUGAUGCAGAGUUAUUUUACAUCCAUUUUCACUACAAUAAAGGCUUUUUGGGAAAGCAUCAUCAUUAUUUUACGCAUAAAGCCCGAUGUGGUUCUAUGUAAUGGACCAGGCACGUGUAUACCGAUUUGUGGUGCAGCUGCGAUGUUUGAUUUGUUUCGAGUAUGUGAUAUUCGCAUAUUUUUCAUCGAAAGUAUUUGCCGUGUCAAGCGAUUAUCGCUUUCUGGUCUCAUACUUUAUUAUUUGCGAAUACCCGAUCUUAUUGCUGUUCACUGGGAAGAUUUGGCAGUGAAGUAUCCUCGUACUCAAUUUAUAAAUGCAUUAUAA